UCCACCACCCGUUGCAGCCGCCUUGGCAUCACCGGGUGGUUCAUCAAUAUUGGAACAAUUUAGUCCGAACUGUACCGUGGUAUCACCGAUAUUCCAGAGUCGCGGCAUUGAUCCUGCCGAAAUACCCCAGAAACCUAGUAAUGAAAUGGGCCUGCGUUACUGUGAAUCACCAUCGGUGGGCACUUGUUGCACACACAGCAUGGAAACUAAAAUGGCCAUGCAGUCACGUCUACAAUUGGAGAAACAUUCCAAAGAACAAAUCCUAAAGAUGUCAAAAACGCUAAGUGAUAAAGCGCAAAAAUUUAAUGAAAAUUUUCGCAAACUAUUACAAGAAUCGAAAACCGAAUUCAAUAAUAUGUUUACACGAACCUACGGUGUAAUAUAUCAAAAGAAUGCCUAUGUCUUUUCGGAUUUGUUCAGUGAAUUGGAAAACUAUUAUAAUCGUGGGCGAAGCGAUCUCAUAAAUGUAAUGGAUACCUUUUUCAGUACCCUGUAUCAGAAAAUGUUUCAAGUUCUCAAUGUCCAGUAUACGUUUGAUGAACAAUACCUACAAUGCGUCAGCAAAUAUAUGAAGGAUCUGAAACCAUUCGGAGAUGUACCCGACAAACUAUCCGUCCAAAUUAAAAGAUCAUUUGUAGCAACAAGAACCUAUGGUCAGGCAUUGAGUACGGCGGCGGAUAUUUCCAAGCGGUUAAUUAAUAUACGUUUAAAUGCCGAUUGUACAUCGGCCCUAACCAAAAUGCAACACUGUGGCUCGUGCAAAGGUUAUACGGAAAAACCCUGUACGAAUUAUUGUGUUAAUGUCAUCAAAGGUUGCCUACACUAUUUCAAUGAAUUGGAUACGGAAUGGGAGAAUUUUGCCGGUGCUAUGGAUAAGGUGGCGGAACGUUUAUUGGGCUCUUUUAAUAUUGUUAUGGUUGUCGAACCAAUUAAUAUUAAAAUUUCCGAAGCCAUUAUGAAUUUCCAGGAUGCUGGUCCCGAUAUUACCAAUCGUGUCUUCUCCGGCUGUGGUCGUCCCCCCUUGGGUCUGGCCAAACGCAACAUCAGUCCCAAGUUUAUGGCAACGAAUGAAGAAACCACCAAACAUAGUACAAAACGUUCUGUUGCCGAGCAGAUGGAAAGUGAUAUUCUGGAUAUUGAUGCUUCGCUGGAUGAUGCCAUUAUAUUGCGUGAAAAACGUGCUGCUGAUCCCGGUAAUCGUGAUAGUAGUGAAAAUGGUGGUGGCAAUAGCAAUCGUCGCAACAACAACAACAAACGUAAACAACAAAAUCGUAAAAAUGACGAUAAUGAUUAUAGUGGUCGUGAUCCAGCACUCGAUAAACUGGUCAAGGAUAUACGUCAACGCAUGAAGGAUUAUAAGAAAUUCUGGUCGAAUUUACCACAUCAGAUAUGUAGUAAUGAAGAAAUUUCCACAUCCAGUGAUGCUGAUGGUAUGUGCUGGAAUGGUCACACUAUUGAUAGAUAUAUGCACUCGGUCACCACUGAACAUGGUUCUAAUCCUGAAUUCCCCGGCAAUCCAUCGACACCCAAACAAACUAGUCAAGUUGCCUCGCAUGUUAUGUCCUUGAAGAAUGCCAUUAAUCAUUUGAGAAAUGCCUAUAAUGGUCAGGAUGUAGUUUGGAGUGAUGAUGAAGAACCCUACGAUGGCAGUGGUGCUGGAUCCGGCGCUGGUGUUGAUGACGAAGACGACGAUGAAGAAGGUUCUGGUUUGGGUAGUCCCUUUACACCUAGCCACAGACCAGAUCACACCGAACGUCCUAAUAAUCGUGUCGACGAUGAAGACGACGACGAAGAUGUCGUCCAACAGCGCACCAAUAUUGGACACGGUGCCGGUGGCUUGCCAACACAAACCUCAAGGCCACAUAGUCCUCAUGAUACCAACGAACUGGAUAUCGAUGAUGGCGACAAUCAUCAGGGUCAUCAUGAUGACGACGAUGAAGAUCUCAAAUCAAGCGGGUCGACGAGACCUGAAAAAAUGUCUUUACGUCGUGCUUUAUUCAUGUAUUUAAUGCCAUUGUAUAUGGCUUGGUUCGGUGGCGUCAUUGCCGACAUGCUGUGAUUUGUUAUUUAGAUUUUUAUUUGUUUUUUUUACGUUCGUUCGUUUUUUAAGUUUUAUUUAAAACAAAACAAAUUCUAA